GGAUCACUGAGUAUUUUUUGUCCUCCACACGUUUUAAAAGUUAAGCCGUGGCAUUCGACACAAAAAGGGACGAUUUUGUGCUAACUGUUCCAUGCAUUCAGUUGAGAAAUUAUUUAUCUGACGUUAUGGAUUAAAUUGCAAAUCACUGUGAAAUCACAACGGAGAAAUCAAAACAUUGAAGACAGCGGACAUCUUGAGCGCAUCAUACAGGAAGCUGGGCCUAGGGAGAACGAAAUUCCAAAAACAUCAAUAAUUCGAGCAUUUGAUAUACAUCGGGCUGCAAGGUAAUCUUUGAAUUUACCAUCACUCCUAACCCCCAGUCAUGGCGUGGCCCUGCAUUUCGCGGGCAUGUUGCAUGGCUCGCUUUUGGAAUCAGCUUGACAAAGCUGACAUUGCGGUGCCUUUGGUGUUCACCAAGUACUCGGACGUGUCCGAGAUGCAACACCUCCAUUUGCAACAUCCACAGAAGCAGUUGUGUCCUCCACUCCGAGCCAGCACGGUCGCCAUAGAAACGCAGCCUUCUCACAGGGAGAACAGGGAUCAGGAGACCGAGGGGAAGGGGCCGCCUCCUCCGGGGAACACUGCGGAUAGAUCGUGUGAAUCCGUGACGCGCCAGGACUACAAACACUGGCGAGUUCGCCCGGAGCCAAGCUGUAAGCCCAAAAAUGAGUACCACUUGCCAGAGACUCCGUUCAACAACGAGACACAGUAUCAGAAAGAUUACAAACCGUGGCCCAUCCCGAAAAGGGGUGACCAUCCUUGGAUCCCCAAACCCUGUCCCACUAUAUCUGUUGGGGAGGACCGUGUCCCCGACAGGUCAAAGCAUGUCCACGCAGACGUAGACAGCGGUGUAGAAAAAAGUGAAAUCGCAGACAAGGUGCAGGAAAAGGAGAUCAUCUUGACCGAGAGGAAAAAGAGGCCGGUGGCCAAGGGGGAUAAACUAGAGAAGAGGGCUGGUGUGACCGUAGAGGGACGGCAACCAGGGGAGAUGACCGCAGAGGGCAAGCCCAGGGCAGCAGUGGAUGCCCUUAACAAGCAAAUCAAAGAGGAGGUGGCAGGUGGCAGCUCAUACAAGACCGAGUUCAAAGCCUACACCGACGUAAAACCAGCCAAGCUCAUCCGGGCCAAGUCCCAGUACCUGCCCCCCAAUGACAAGACCAGCAACCUGGAGACCAGCUACAGCGCCACCUACAGGGGGGAACAGACCAAGCUGCUGUCUGCUGCUGACAACAAGGGGGUGGAGAGAAGGAGGAUACGCUCCCUGUACUCCGAACCCUACAAAGAGCCCAGUAAAGUGGACAAGCCAGCCGCGCAUCGUUCCAAACCCAGAAAGUCUGGGGCCACUACCUCCACAUCGGCUAGCCAGGCCAAGGCCGUGAGGAAGCCCAAAGAGAAGCAGGCGGCCGGGGUGCGAGGCACCAAGAAGAAGGCCUCCGAGAACCAGCCCCUCGCCCGGCCCGAGGGAGGAGACAAGGAGAAAAGUAAAGAGAUGAACAACAAACUGGCUGAGGCGAAAGAGGUCGUGCUAAAACAGUACCACUACAUACAGCUCUGUCAGCCCAUCCGCGAUUUCGGGUGGGUGCAGACCCUAAAGCAGCAUCUGUGGGGCUGCACACUGCCCAACCCAAGAGAACUCAAGGUCGAGGUGCACCAACGACCCCGUGAUCAUAAUUCCCCGAGUUCCCCUGGAGGAGAGCAAGAACCACUGGUGGAUCGACCCCAACCUCGGCGGACCGGCGGAGUAGUGCGCUUCGCCCCGGACGUCAAGUAGGAGGCAUCGGGCCCACGUGGCGGGUCGGGCCUGACAACAACUCUGGUGCCAGGCGUGUGCGUGGCAUCAGGGUGGCAUGUGGACUGUAAAGGGACAGUCGAUUAGAUAACACGGUACUGUAUGUGUAUGCUGUAUAUUGAUCUAUUGUGAGUUACCGAAGCAAAGCUUUUCUGAAUGACGGAAAACAUUAUAUGGGAGGGGGAACAACGCUUGUUUGUAUUGGUUGCUGCUUUUCAAUGUGAAAGACUGAGACUGAGAGUCUGGCUGGGUGAAUGAGUGCUUGUUGGAUUGAUUAAGUGAUUGGAUGCAAAUAUAAAGGUGCUAAAUUCCAUUUACGUCACAUGCUCCAAAUUCAAAGAUGUUCUGUCCUUGAUAGUAUAAUAUAAUAUAGUCACACCAUACCAUAAAGUGCUUCCUUAAUUAUCACCCACGACGGAGCAGUGCAAAAUUCUACAGCUAAUAGUACGUUAAUAAAUUAGUAAUGAAAC